CUGCUGUUUUCCCAGAUGGAGAAGCAGCCUUUGCCCACCGAUGAAAGCGUGGCAGGAGCUGUGGAGUCGGAGCCCAGCGUCUACGCUGGUGAGGAGAGGCGGCAGGGCUCCUCUGAGCCUCCCGCUCGGGCGGGAUGGAACAGUAAAAUCGAGUAUUUUUUGGCUCAGGUGGGAUUCAGUGUCGGACUGGGCAAUGUCUGGAGGUUUCCAUAUUUGUGCCACCAGAACGGAGGAGGAGCUUUUCUCCUGCUGUAUGUGCUGCUGAUGCUCAUAGUGGGCAUUCCAUUGUUCUUCCUGGAGCUGGCAGCCGGUCAAGCUAUCCGACAGGGCAGCAUCGGAGUGUGGAAAUACAUCUCCCCACGGCUGGAAGGGAUCGGUUACUCCAGCUGUGUGGUUUGCUUCUUUGUGGCUCUGUAUUACAACGUGAUCCUCGCAUGGAGUCUUUUUUAUCUUGGGAACUCAUUCCAGCACCCUUUACCAUGGGAGCAAUGUCCAGUACAGGGGAACAUAACAGUAAAGGAAUGUGAAAAGAGCUCUCCCACGUCAUACUUCUGGUUCCGCAAAGCGUUGGAUAUCACAGACUCCAUUGACGAGGUGGGCUCUUUCAACCCGUACAUCGUCUGCUGCCUGCUGGCAGCCUGGACCAUCGUGUGCCUGGGAAUGUUCAAGGGCAUCAAGUCGUCUGUGAAGGUGAUGUACUUCUCCUCCGUCUUCCCGUACGUGGUGCUAAUCUGCUUUCUGAUCCGCGGCCUUCUGUUGGAUGGCGCUUUAGAGGGGAUCGCCUACAUGUUUUACCCCAAGCUGGAAAUCUGGGCAAACGUGCAGGUGUGGCGGCAGGCAGCCACGCAGGUUUUCUUUGCCCUGGGCCUCGGCUUUGGCUCCAUCAUCGCCUACUCCUCCUACAACCCCAGGAACAACAACUGCCACCGCGAUGCCUUCACCGUCUCCCUCAUAAACUUCCUCACGUCGGUUCUGGCCACGCUGGUUGUGUUUGCUGUCCUCGGUUUCCGAGCCAAAAACAAGGUCGUUUCAUGCAUAGUCAGCAACCUCCAGGUGCUGUCGGAGCAGCAUCUCAGCAGUCGGGUGGAGGGAGGGCUGAUGCCGGCGUUCAACAUCUCUGAUCCAACAUCUGUGGCUGCAGAAGACUACAGCGCCUGGUUUAAACUGCAUGGGCGCCACCUCAAUUUAACAGACUGCAACCUGGAGAAGGAGAUGCAGACGGGCGUGGAGGGCACCGGCCUGGCUUUCAUCGCCUUCACAGAGGCCAUGUCUCUCCUCCCGGGAAGCCCCUUCUGGUCUGCGCUCUUCUUCCUCAUGCUGCUCAACCUGGGCCUCAGCACCAUGUUUGGCACCAUGGAGGGCAUCCUCGCCCCCCUCAGCGACCGCUUUAAAACUCUGGCAAGAAACAAGACCAAACUUACAAUUUUCAGCUGCAUCGUUGGCUUUCUGAUCGGCCUGCUCUUCACCCAGCGCUGUGGGAACUACUUUGUGACCAUGUUUGACGAUUACUCCGCCACACUGCCCCUCAUCAUCGUGGUGGUUUUCGAGACCUUCAGCGUGUCGUGGUUAUAUGGAGCUGAUAGGUUCCUCGACGACAUAGAGGUAAUGCUGGGCUGGCGUCCCAGUGUUAUUUACAAGUACCUGUGGAAGUACGUUUGCCUGCUGGCUAUGCUGGGACUGUUGGGAGCCACCACUAUACGCAUGCUCAUCGAGCGCCCAACCUACACGGCAUGGAACCAUGAAACGGGCUCUGACGAGCACCUGCAGUACCCCGGUUGGGCUCUGGCUGUUCUGGCGUCAUUGAUCAUCUUUGCCAUGCUGCCCGUCCCAGUGGGUUUAAUCCGCUCCCUUCUGCUGGACCGGAGUAAGCCGGCAUCCAGGGACGGGGAGAUUGGCCAGUACAGCAUCGUUAACACCGACGAGACGCCCAUGACCGACAUGUCCGAGCAGGAACACCGCAAUGGCUUCACUGCUCCCUGA